AUGAAGCUGAGGAAACAGGUGACGGUGUGCGGAGGGGCCAUAUUCUGUGUGGCCGUGUUCUCUCUUUAUUUGAUGUUGGACCGAGUCCAGCAUGACCCUGCAAGGCGACAGAAUGGAGGAAACUUUCCACGGAGCCAAAUCUCAGUCCUCCAGAAUCGGAUAGAGCAGCUGGAGCAGCUCCUGGAGGAAAACCACCAAAUAAUCAGCCACAUAAAGGACUCUGUGAUGGAGCUCACAGACACAGGAGCUGUGUCUCCCAGCGGCCACCUGCCGUUCAGAAGCGCCAAUGGGUCCUGGGUGCUACCGUUUGAUGGUCGCCCGACUUUCCUUGCCUUGAAGCCUCAGGACUGCCAGUUUACUGUUGGCACCCCCAUCUGCGUGUCUCUCGGUCCUCCUGUGUUGCUAGGUUGGGUCAAGACCUUUGACAAGUACUUCACAGACCAGACGCAGCAUAUUUUAAACAACAUGGUCGUGAAGCUGGCCGAGGAUUCUCGGAGGAAGUUCAUCUGGUCAGAGAUUUCAUUCUUCGCCAAGUGGUGGGAGACUGCAGACGUCUACAAACAGGAGGCCAUGCGCAAACUGAUCCUUGGAGGGCAGCUAGAGAUGGUGACAGGAGGCUGGGUGAUGACGGAUGAAGCCAACUCUCACUACUUUGCUAUGAUAGAUCAACUCAUUGAAGGGCAUCAGUGGUUGGAGAGAAAUCUGGGUAUUACUCCUCAAAGCGGGUGGGCGGUGGACCCCUUCGGUCACAGUGCCACCAUGCCCUACCUGCUGAAGAGGGCCAACGUGACCAGCAUGCUGAUCCAAAGGAUCCACUACUCCAUUAAAAAACACUUUUCUUCAACCAGAAGUCUGGAGUUUAUGUGGAGACAAGCCUGGGACACUGGCUCCAGCACAGACAUCUUUUGCCACAUGAUGCCCUUCUACAGCUACGACGUGCCUCACACCUGCGGUCCUGAUCCGAAGAUUUGCUGCCAGUUUGACUUCAAGAGAUUACCSGGAGGUCGGAUCAACUGCCCUUGGAAAGUGCCGCCCAAAUCCGUGGUGGAGGCCAAUGUUGCAGAAAGAGCACAAUUGCUUCUGGAUCAGUACCGUAAAAAGUCUAAACUCUACCGCAGCAAGGUGCUUCUGGUUCCAUUAGGAGACGACUUUCGCUACGAUAAGGCUCAGGAGUGGGAUCAGCAGUACAUCAAUUACCAGAAGCUGUUUGAUUACAUGAACUCGCACCCCGAGCUGCAUGUUCAGGCUCAGUUUGGGACCCUCACAGAAUACUUCACUGCUCUGUACAAAGCCUACGGAGUGCCUCAGGGAUCCAGACCUGGCGACUUUCCUGUCCUCAGUGGGGAUUUCUUUGCCUAUGCAGACCGUGAGGACCACUACUGGACGGGUUAUUACACCUCCAGGCCCUUUUACAAAAGCUUGGACCGUGUGAUUGAGUCACAUCUGAGAGGGGCAGAGAUUCUCUACAGCCUGGCAGUAGCAAAUGCUCGGCAUGCUGGGAUGGAGGGUCGCUACCCAGUGACUGACUACGCCCUGCUGGUAGAUGCAAGGCGGUCAGUCGGCCUCUUCCAGCAUCACGAUGCAAUCGCUGGCACCGCUAAGGAGAAUGUUGCCCUUGACUACGGUACCAAAUUACUUCGUGCACUCAUUGGACUGAAGAGAGUUAUUAUCAAUGCUGCUCAUUUCCUGGUGAUGAAGAACAAAGAGUUUUAUCGUUUUUACCAGACAGAGCCCUUCCUGGAGACGGAUGACAGACGUGCGACUCAGGACUCUCUGCCUCAGCGCACUUUAAUUGAGCUGGACCCAGCUCGACCAAGAUACCUGGUUCUGUUCAACCCCAUUGAGCAGGAGCGUCUCUGCACCGUCACCGUGUUGGUGAACACGGUCAGGGUGCGGGUGCUUACUGAAGACGGACAGACUCUCCCUGUGCAGCUGAGCGCUCAGUGGAGCUCUGCAACUCAGAUGAGUGCCGAGGUAUUCGAGGCAACAUUCAUGGUCCGCCUKCCUCCCCUUGGCCUGGCUGUUUUUCAUCUUUACGACUCGGCCGAUUCACCCAUGACGAUUCGCUCAGACACUCUGCUCAGGCUGUCGGGGCGCAGYGUCUCUGCUCGGGCUCUGGACCCUCUUCCUGUCCGCUCUCAGCCGGCUGACGCUCAGACCUUUUACAUCAGCACGCAGACUCUGACUCUGGGUUUCUCUGGAACAACCGGCCUGCUGGAGAGUAUCAAGUGUAAGGAUGAUCCACAAGAGAUUAAGGUUCAAAUGCAGUUCAUGAUCUACGGCACGAGUCCUUCGAAAGACAAAAGUGGCGCCUACCUCUUCCUACCRGAUGGAAAACCAAAGCCCUACAACCAGAAAGAGCCUCCUGCGGUGCGUGUUGUCGAAGGGCCUCUUUUCUCUGAAGUGGUGGCACAAUACCAGCACUUUCAGCAGACUGUUCGCAUACACAACGUGCCAGGGGUUUACGGUUUAUCUGUAGACAUCACUAUAUUAGUGGACAUCCGGGAUCAGACCAAUAAGGAGCUGUCCAUGCGGCUGGUCACCAGCAUCCAAAAUGGAGACGUCUUCUACACAGACCUCAAUGGUUACCAGAUCCAGCCCCGUCGAUUCUACCAAAAGCUUCCUUUGCAAGGCAACUUUUACCCAAUGUCCAGCCAGGCGUACAUCCAGGACAGCCACCACCGCCUCACGCUGCACACGGCUCAGGCUUUGGGCGUCUCCAGUCUGGACAGCGGUCAGCUGGAAGUGAUUAUGGACCGGCGGCUGAUGCAGGAUGAUAAUCGAGGGCUGGGUCAGGGUCUCAAAGACAACAAGAAGACAGCAAAUCGUUUCCGCUUGCUACUGGAGAGAAGAUCAAUUGAUAACAAGCAUGAUGGCUUCCUUGCCAAACUCUCAUCUUUGUYGCGCUAUUUCUUCUCUCAAAUCCCGAGCGGCGGAGUUCGCGAGAUGAUGGACAGCGCAACAACGAGCUUCCCGUCUAUGGUCAGCCACGSCACCAGCUCCCUGCUCAACCACGAGGUCCUGGCGUUGCCCGUCCUGCCGAAAAGACGCGGCAUCCCUCCUCUUCAGACGUUCGCCCCGCUCAAGACCGUCAUUCCCUGCGACGUCCACCUGCUCAACCUGCGCAGCAUCCAGACGCAGAAGGAUCCCGAGUCUCCAUCUCCCUACACCGCCUUGCUCUUACACCGCCUGGCUAUUAACUGUGGAUUCGAGGGUCAAAACCUCGGCUUCAACUGCAGCACGACGCAGGGACGGCUCAGUGUGUCGAAUCUUUUCAAGAACGUGGACCUGCAGCUGCUGCAGCCCAUGUCCCUGACCCUGAUGCAUUCCAGCAAGCCUUUGGCCAACGACUCCAUCAUCAGUCUGGAGCCCAUGGAGAUCUCUGCCUUCAAGCUCAAGCUGCACUAAGAGCCGUAAACGCACAUCGGACUAGCGACAUCAAGGACCAGGGUCAGGGUUUCCCUGCAUUGUUGAGCUGAACUCAGGAGAAACAGGGUCCGCUGCAGUGGCGCUGACUGAACUGCAGGGGGCAGACAUCAGCAGCUGCUGCUGUAGCUCUGAGGAGWCGCAGCAGAGCUUGAGGUGAAUUUGAAGUCGCUCCAUAUCUGGGGAAGACUGCGAGUAUUUCUCAUCAGUCAAAGCUGAGUCUGCAAUCAGAUAUGAAAACAUUUUCUUUUCUGCUUUGUAAGUUUUUUUUUUUUCCAUCUUCUCGUGGACUCCACUACUGAAUGUAAAUAUCCCAAAUGACUGGAGGGGGCCGGGAAUGGUGACGCAUCAGAGUGCAAUUUUCAGAGCUUUAUUUGGUGUCUGGGUUUAUGAUUUUCCAGGAAAAAGAAUGUGUGGUCCUUGUUGUAAGGCCUGAGCUGCGAAUCCUAAGCUGUGUUUCCAUGAGUGCCCACUGUUCUCAUCAAUCGCUGAGGACGACUCCUUCCCUCCGCUCCUCACAUUGUGCUUGUAGAUAGUCCGCAGAUUCCCUCUCCCUCUUCGCAGUGUGCAGGGUUCCUGCUCGUGUCCAUCAUUCUCCCGCUUGUAGCAAACCAUAUGCAGUAGAUUAGGCAAAAGACUAUAUACCUCAUGUAUACCAAACGGCAGAUAUAUUGGUAUUUAUGUCUGAGCAUAUUAAUGUGAAUACUUGAGGUUGAUCAUUUUUUUGGGGGUGGGGGUAUACUCUAUCAGGGACCAGUCAAUACUUUCUGUGUCAUUUAUUAAUAUCAAUUUGCAUCAGAGGGCCAUAUUGCAUAAAUGAAGUACGCCUCCCUUCAUUCCAGAAAUGAAGGCUCUAGCUUUUGAAAAUAACACACACACACAAAAUCUCCUGCUUCUUGUGCUACAGGGAGCUUCUUUGUCCUCCUUUUUGGAUCAUAUAGUAAGAAAAACAGGAACAAGCCUUCAGACUGUUGGGGUUUUGACUGUGACUGCGAUCAGAUGCUGCUUUGUUUGGACAAAUAUCACCAGUUUAUACGGGAAAGCACUCUUUCUGAAACUCAAAGCAGAUUCUAUAUCUGAGCUGGAUGCUUUUUAUUUUUGAUGCUUAAGGCAUUAAAAUAAAUCAAAUUCCAAUCUUCCCACAAAUGUGUAAUUUUCUGCCUGAUGAGUCGCAGCUCAUAUGCCCCAAUGUGACCAUAAAAYYGUGUCUACACUUCUUUAUGUAACAUGCAUAUUUCAUCGUUUCGUUUUUUGUUUUUUUUUUAAUAAACAAAUCAGAUUUCUUGACUGAGAAGAUCA